UUAAAGCCGUCACAAUCUGAAUGUAUAGUGAUCUAGUUUUUAUUUUAAAAUAUUUUAUUUUGAAUUUAUAUUUGAUAUUAGUUUCUAUAAUCCAUAAACAAAUAUUUCACGUACUUUUGAAUUCGUGUCUUUUCAUAUUUCUUUGUAAAAUGGAUGAUUUAUACGAUAACUUGGAAAAUUAUAACGACGUUAAUAUCGUUGAUGAGUUAAAAUGUGAAAAUAGAGAACUAAAAUUGAAACUUGAAGAAAUUUCUAAGGCGAUGGGUAUAUUACAAAAAAACAUUUUGCAGGAUUUUGACAAAGUUAAUUCUGAAUAUAAGCAGUUGGAAAUUAACUACUCCUCGUUAUUAAAAACAGCACGAGCUGAGAUUGAGAGAAAAACUGAAAUGAUUAAAGAUUUAAACUUUCAAAAAGAUAUGAUAGUAAUAAAUGCAAUGAAGGCAACUGGUAAGAAUGUCUUAAAUGUAAAAAAAGGCAAUUUUAACCCAAAAGAAAAGGGUAAAACGAACAACAAAACGUUAGAUAAUGUUGUUAAUAAACAAAAACAAAAUAUUAGAGCUGCACCAGCGAGUAAUCAUCAUAAAGAUAAUGGAGUUGAUUCUAGUUGCACUCCGUCUAUAGAUACUAUUUCAAUCAAAAGUACCAGUAAUAAGUCUACAUCUAGUGAAGAGAAAGUAGCUAAGCCUAUAGGGGAGUCUUGCGAAAUAAAUAAAAACAAAGAAAAUUAUUCAAAAGAUAGUCAUAAGGAUGAGUCUUUACAAUCUAGUAAAAAAGUUAUUAUGAACAGAAGAAAAUCUAUGCUAGGAAUGAGCCAACAUGAAGCAAAGUUUAGUUCAGAUGAUGACGCUGAAGAAAAAUGUUCCACUGCAAGAAAAUCACCUCUUAGAAGUGACUUAAAACAUAAUGAGUGGUGUGAUACUAGAGAUUAUAGGAUAGAACCUCAUGAAUAUUACGAGCCAUCCAAAGAAUAUUCGAGAUUUAGGACAAGCCGAUAUACAAACUAUGAAAAGUUCAGGAAUGUAGACAGACAUGAAAAUUUCCAAAAAAAUAGGAGACAAUACAGUUCAGAAAGAGACCAGCAGAGACAUAUUAAUGAAUAUAAUGAAGAAUAUCAUGUAAGAGGAGAUUAUGGAAAACAAAGAUUAUCAAGAACCAACAGUCCAUCGACUGAUAAAUACAACCGUUCAAAGAGUCGAGACAGGAGGUUUAACUAUGACCGGGAUAAUUACCGCGAAAACGAUAAACAUUCCAAUCGAUACUAUGAGCAUACUGCAGUGAAGUACAGAACGCGACAUGAUUAUGACGAGCCUUGUAGUAAGCGACAGAAAAUGGAUAUACAUGGUAAAAGUGCAGCAGAAAUGAAUAUUUAUGCAAACAAUAAGGAAAGAGAAUUAACUGAGAGAAAUCAUGUUUCAAAAUCUCAAUAUAAACUAAACUCAUCCUGCCAGUCACCGGAUCAUGUAAAUGUUGAAAAUAGUGGUUCUCAACACUUUGUUAAAGAAAUAAUGAACACAGCUGAAACAAAAUUGGAAGAUCCUAGAAUAUCAAGUAAAAAAUAUAUAUUAAAAACAUCCAAUGACAGUACCAUAUUAUCAACAGUGGUUGGUCGAGAUAUUGAUAUGCAAUUUGUUGAUAAAACUCUUUGGGGUAUCGAAAAGUAUGAUGUUCCAGCUGUAUUAUCUAAACCAGUAUUUGAUCGAGAAAAUGAUGAUUUAUUAAAAGAAAUAUAUAUGGAUAUUGACAAUCCAGAAUUACAUGAUACAUUAGAAUCUGGCGAAAUAGAUGAUAUGAAUGAUGACAUCGCAACAAUUUAUUCAAAGGAAAUUGAUAAAGAACAUGUCAAUGGAAAAGAUGGACUAAGUAAAGCUAAUACCGAUUCUGAAACAAGAAAUUUAAAUGUAUCUAAGGAAGAAGUUGAUACUAAAACAUUAGAAAAAUCUUUAAAAACCAAGUUUAAAAUACCAAAAAUUAAAAAACCUGAUAAAAUGGAUACAGAAACAGAUUUAGCCCACCUAGAAGCCUGUGAUAUAAACAAGAAAAACAUUACAGAUUUGGAUGCUAGUGUUAAAAAUCAUCAACAUAUUAUACAAAAUAUUGAACAUGUUUCUGAUAAAAAAUGUAAUAAAAAUGAUUUUAAAGACAAUUCAGAAUCUGAUAAAGCUAUAAUUGAUAAAAGGACACAAGACAUAAUAAGAACUAUUGAAGGUGAUUUGGAAUUAAGUGAUGAAGCAAGUGAUAUUGUGGAGUUUCACAAUGACAUAAACAAAAAAUCAAAUGAAAAUUCACACGAGUCUAAAGCCAUCCUAAACAUGGAUAAAGAAUCAAAUUCUACUAUUAGAAAAGAAAAUAAAUCUGAUAUAACUUCACUUACACCUGAACCAAUAAGUUCAAAAAAAGCUGACACAGCUAAACCUAUAACAAAAGAUUCUUUGAAAGAAAGUAGUAAGAAACGUAAAAGUAAAAGAAAAACAAUUGAACAAAAGGAAACGCAUUCUGUUACAUCAGAGAAACAAAAUGAGAAAUGUCAUAAUACAAAAAAGUCAAAAGAAAAAGAAAGCAAGAAAAAUGUUUCUAAGCAAACUGUUAGUAAAUUUAGUGACUUAUUUGGCGAUAGUAGUAGCUUAAUAACACCAGAUGAUCUUGGUUUAAACAACAUGCAAGUACAGUCUGCGAAUAAAUACACAUCAAUAUUUGAUAAUACUCAAGAUGCAGUUGAUUUAAGUGUCGAGGAUAUUGCUAAAACACUAACUAGGGCCAAUAAAGUAAACGCCUUCGAUAGUGUUGUAGAUAAAUCACAAGACAAAAAAGUAGCCGACUUCAUUACGAGUAAUUUUAGUGUAAAUGUAACUGUUGUUGAUGAAAAUGGUGAAAACAAGACAGAGGAUGUACAGUCACCUUUAAAUAAUGUUUAUGAAAAUACUAAAUCGGAAACAUUAACAGAUGGAUUUAAUAUUGUUAAAACAGUAAUAAUAUCAUCAGGAAUCCAACCGGAAUGUUCAGCAGAAAGUUCUACAUCAGUGGCUACUCCACAAAUCCAUGCACCUUCACUUGCACCCAUUACUAAUGAUGUUAUCUUAAAAAAAUGUCCAUUAAAUAGUAUUAAAGCUCUGGCAACAUCCACACCUCAAAAAUGUCUUGAACAUAUUGAUGUUGCUGAGAGAGAUUCAAUCUGUACCGCGCCUUCCGAAGAUGUCAGUGUCUCAAUGACUAAUUCUUCUAGUCUUAACAAUACAGAUGCACUUCAAAGAGAAGACAUACCCGAUGUUAGGAUUUUUGUUAGAAGAAGACGGAAACCUGUAAGAAAAGUUACAUAGUUGGCUGUUUAUAGUGUGAAUUAGAUCUCAGUUUCAAAGUUUAUAGAUGUCAAGAUUUAUUGUAGAAUACUUCUGUAUUUAUAUUAAGUUAUCUUAAAGAUUGCUAGUGUUUAGUUAUUACAUCUUGUAAUAUAUUUAAGCCGGCUUUUCACUAUGGAAUCUAGGAAAAAAUAAAUAAAAUUGUGGGAUUUGUAUAAAUAUGAGUAUCUAAAAUUCUCGUUUAUUUUAUUUUAUAAGUAUUUUUAGGAAAAGUAGGGAACGAAAUGUACAUAGGUAU